GUUUAGGAUUCAUGUGUUGGACGUCACUUUCUCAUUUUCACUCUUGUCAGCCUUCGGAAGCUGUUUUUUCCCUGUGCUAAUGGAAACUGCUCAAUCAAGACGUAAUCAUUCAAAGCCUCUGAUUCGUGCCUUCACGGACACCACUGGGCAGCACCUUCAGAGUGUGCUGGAGGAGCAUGAGGAUGGACCAUUUCCAGUUAUGAACAGCUUAAAGAUUCUGCGACCCGAGAGGCAAAGGAAGCCUUUAGCCAGGUCUAAGAGCAUGGUGAUGGGAGAGCUGACCCGGGGCUCCAGCCGGCCGUCCUCCCCGAGCCUUCAGGAGAGGGCAGUGAAGGCGGGCUGGCUGAAGAAACAGCGCAGCAUCAUGAAGAACUGGCAGCUGCGGUGGUUUGUGCUCCGUACUGAUCAACUCUACUUCUACAAAGACGAAGAGGAAACCAAACCACAGGGAUGUAUCCCAUUACAUGGCUGCCAAGUCAAUGAGCUGACCGCCAACCCGGAUGAGCCCGGACGGCAUCUUUUUGAGAUAGUUCCAGGCGGAACAGGAGAGAAGGACAGAUCCGCUCUGAGCCAUGAAGCCUUCCUCCUCAUGGCAAACUCCCAGAAUGACAUGGAAGACUGGGUCAAAGCCAUCAGGCGCGUCAUCUGGGCUCCUUUUGGAGGAGGGAUUUUUGGCCAGCAUCUGGAGGACACAGUGCAAUAUGAGAGGAAGUUUGGGCCCCGGCUGGCCCCUCUGCUGGUGGAGCAGUGUGUGGACUUUAUACGGGAGCAGGGUCUGAAAGAGGAGGGCCUCUUCCGGAUGCCUGGACAGGCCAACUUAGUCAAAGAGCUUCAGGAUGCUUUUGACUGUGGUGACAAACCUCUGUUUGACAGUAACACUGAUGUUCACACUGUAGCAUCUCUGCUGAAGCUCUAUCUCAGGGAGCUGCCUGAGCCCGUUAUCCCCUUUAACAAAUAUGAGGAUUUCCUCACCUGCGCCCAGCUGCUACUCAAGGACGAAGAAGUGGGUCUCAGUGAGCUUGCACAGCAAGUGAAAACUCUCCCCCAGGCCAAUUACAACCUACUGAAGUACAUUUGCAAAUUCUUGGAUGAGGUUCAGUCCCACUCAAGUGAAAAUAAGAUGAGUGUUCAGAAUCUUGCAACAGUAUUUGGACCAAAUAUUCUCAGACCUAAAAUGGAGGAUCCUGUUACAAUGAUGGAAGGAACCUCUCAGGUGCAGCACUUGAUGACAGUGCUGAUCAGUGAGCAUGAGCGACUGUACGGCAGCAUGGAGUCUGAGACUUCCUUAGAACAGAGAGAGGCCUCUCAGGGUCAGCGCUUUAUGGUGGGUUGGAUUUCAGAGGAGGAGAUCCAGCGUUGUCCUUCUUCCAGCCAAACAUCCAGCCUUCCUGACCAUGUGGGAGGCAGUGCUACAUCUCUGGACAUAAAUACAGGUGCACUAACUACUGCCAAACCAGCACCUCAGGGAAAAGCUGGGGUGGCGGACAGCCCCAGCAAGCAGGCCAAGUCCCUCCCUUCAUGGAAGUACUCUUUUAAAAGCGGAACGGCACGGGCCCAGACGCCUAAAAUCGGGGGCUCCUCUGUGGACGUGUCCAGUCUGCCCAGCACUGGGAACUGGCUGAUGAAUGGACUGUCCUCACUGAGAAGCCAUCGCCGUACAUCUUCAGGAGAGAGAAUGGGCAAAGACUCACCGCUGUCCCAUCGCCUGUCUACCUAUGAUAACGUCACCUCAUCCAGUCUGAGCGUGCCCAGUGUGGCCAGCACACCCUGGUCCACCUCCUCCUGUGAGAUAUCAGUGGCAGACUCAGUGGGAAGCGACCCCUCUGGACUGAACUCUGGAAAGGGGACGUGGUCAGAGGCGGGCUCGGCUAGAGAGAGGGUGGAGGAGAAAGUGUCAGAGGUCACGCAGAGUAGUGAAGCACUGGAGCUGUGUGUAAGCAGUGCAGGAUGCAGUGAAAAUGGGACUUUGGACGUGUCAGGAGAUCAAGAUGACAACUCGCAAGCACUUAACAGCCUCGUAUUAGAGCUGAAGGAUGAGCUGAAGAAACAGAAGAUUAGUUAUGAAUCCCGGAUACGAAAGUUGGAAGAGACGAGUAUGUUGUUACGUGAGCAGCUGGACAGGCUAGAGGAGGAGGCAGACCAGGAGAAGAAGAAAUACAGAAUGUUGGAGAUUAAACUGCGGAACUCUGAGCGGGCCCGUGAGGACGCAGAGAACAGGAACCGACUACUGCAGAGCGAGAUGGAGGAGUUCUUCUCCACUUUAGGAGAUCUAACACUGGGGACAAGAACGAGUAAAAUGUGACACUUACCGUGGAGAGAUUCUGUUGUGGAUGUGCUUGUUGUGGAUGGAAAUUUUAUUCUCUUUACUCAUGUAUCAUGGGUAUUAUGAGGUGGUGAUGUGCUGUUUUGUUACAGCAACUUGAUCAACUCUUCUCUUAUGUAGCAAAAUCUAUUUCCUUUCCUCUCCUCAUUCUUUAGUCUGAAGUUUUAUGAUAUGUUUAAAUUAUUAUUCUCAUUAUCAGAAUCUCAAAGGCCUCUCUUCCAGUAUGCACAGAUGAUACCAAAGCAUGACUUCCGUGAUUGUUUGCAAUUGAUGUAAUUGCCUCCUCACAGCGCUUUUCAUAAGGCUGAUCAUUUCCAUGUCAGUGCCUUUUGCGUUGAUGCAUGGUAUUGAGAAAAUACUGCUUCACCACAGAUACGGUUAUUUAACGCUUUCUCAUUAUGCCCGUUCCUAAUUCCACUUUUCAGAGCUUCUGCACAAGUCUGUGUUGUUUGAAGUCUGUGACUUCAAACUGACUACAGCCGUCCAUCUUGACACUAGUCCACUUUUAAAUACAGGAAAUGGACGGCAGUAAACAGUAACUGGCUUUGUUAUGAUGACUGUUACACACACACAUCCUUUGGCAGUCCCAUUUACUGUAUCUUAGGUAAAAGUACUAUGGUAAAAUGUUACAGGCGAAGAUUUUAAUUUUGACUUUCUAAAAAAAUCUAUUUAGGCCACUGGUGUGUCCAUAGUAAUAGGAUUAUUUAUUGCAACUAAUUUACUAUAUAACUUAUUUCUCAGGUGGUGUUUCUUAAAAAAACAAACAAACACAAAAACAAAACACACUGAAUAAACUUGCUGUCUUUCUGGUAGAUGGUGGAAAUGAAUAUAAAAGACGUUAAAUACUUGACCGUGAAUUGUAGUAGACAGUCUUUGAUUAUGUGAUGAAUUUGUGUAUGCUUUAAAAUGUUCUCGUGGUUGUUUUCCCCUCAUGAAAGUGCCAAAGUAGAGGUCUUAUGAAAUGGGUAUUGCUUUCUUAUCAUGGAUCACUUGAAAUGAAGUAUAACUGCAAAAGGUAAAAAUAAUAAACUUCUCAUCAUACAGUG